AUGAAGGGAAGCUUCUGCUACCUUCUGGGCAACCCCAAGGGUACUGCCCGGCCAGCAACCAACGUGUCCACCGGCAAUCAGCUCAAGGGCCCGACCAUCGCAGAGCCCGCGCCUGGCUCCUCGACAUGCACCGACGUCAUCGACUGCCCUACCGAUGACAAGUGCAGGUACACCACUGCGAACCAGAAGCCGUUCAUUGCACAGUGCAACUGGGACUACUAUGGUGGCGACAUUGCCUACAAGUCAACCGAGUCCAUGACCAAGUGUGUGGACGUGUGUUCUGUUACAACAGGAUGUGUUGCCGUUACUUGGUUUGACCAGAACUGCUACCUCAAGAACAACAACACCAACAUGAUCUACAACAACAAUGUUGAUAGUAAGCAUUUGUGCAAUCGCGAGUUUGAUCUCCGAGCUAACGCAUGUUUAGGUGUUCAUCUUGAGAACUAG